GAACCUACCUGUAAUCCAAUAACACCAGAAGCAUUGAACAUGGCAUCUCCAAGCGUACAAUGCCCGGAUGGUCAGGGAGGGACUGCCGUACCGGGGAAGCAUCGAUUUCACUUUUGACCUUGAGAUGCCGCUGCAGUUUCAUUCUAAGGAAGCACCCCUACCCUGCCGUGAAACCCUCGACGAGUUCGCACCCAUCAACGCACACUUCUCGACCCAGAUCCACGUCUUUUUCACCGCCGUCCACGAAUUCGAGCAGCUCAGCACGAGCGCGCCCGGCCAGGGAGACGACUACAUCCGCGCCGAGGGGCUCACUGCCACCAUCCGCGUCGGCAAGCAGUCGUUCGACCGCUACAAGUCGUGCGAGCGCCGCUAUUACCAUCACCGUCUCUUGACACUCUCCGGCGGUCUGGUGGACUCGCUGCUGGAGCUGCUUUGUGUAACCGGCCUCCGCCUUUUUCACAGACGAAACGGCAGCGACCAUCCCGCAUCAAACGUCCGGCCUGUUUCGCCCCGCGUAUUUUUGCGGCUUGCCACCCGCCCCCCUAACCUGCGCAGGAUCGAGCUGCCUUGGCUGCUAACCGAGCACAUGCCCGUCCGCUGGGAGCAGCGCGAGCUACGCCAUUACACGCGCCCCUGGGCCGGGCCCUGGCGCGACGUCCGCCGCGAGUUUCGCGCCGCCGUUGACGACCUGCACACCCGGUUGCCCGAAAGCGUCGUCGGCAUGCGCUUGUGGUGCUGGCGGCCCGACAUCUACUCUUGCGAUGACCAAACCCGCCAGCUUCCCAAUCUAACGGGCGACGACGGCGAGGAGGAUCCGGUCUCCGCCGCCCUGCGCACUCUGGCCGCGCGGCUCGAGGAACUGGACGCGCGCGCCACCCUGACCCCCGACCUGUUCCGCCAGCCCGUGGCCCCCGACGGGACGUGGUACUUUGCCGGCCCGCGCGGGGAGGACCCGCUCGGCGCCGAGGGCGGGUUCGCCGUCGGAGAGCAGCACUACCCCCCGGCGGUCGCGAGUGCCGAGGACGACGAGAUUGGCGACCCGUGGCCCAAGGUCGAGGGGUGCCUGGAGGACGAGCGCGCUUGGGACCAGUUCCGUACCGUGCCCAAGCGGGACAAGAUCAAGCCGCUUCUCUUGGCCUUUGCGGCGGCACUGCAGGGGAUGCCGGCGCUGGAAGAGGCCGAGCUGUUUGCGCGUUUGUGCUGGCGGCCGUCCGAGAAACGACUUGAUGAAUACCAGGGCGCAAGCGGCGAGGGGGUGCCAUAUGACGAAGAAGUCCUCCACUUCAGGUGGCAGGUCAAGUACGUCCUAGGAGCUCAUGGGGAAAAGGGGCUUUUAACGUGGCAGGUCGGGGAUUGGAGGCCGCACGAGAGGGUUAGCCAAGCCUUUGAAGCUGUGGGCGGAAAAGAUGGUAUCCGGUUGAAUGGAAGUCUUUUGAGUUACAGAGGUCCGAGAGAGGGAUAG